AUGCUGCAGAUAUAUCAGAAAGCCGCCCAGGUCAUCGUUUGGCUUGGUGAUCAGCAGCAGUACAACAGGACUGCAGUCCGAUACCUGGACUGGCUGGCAAACCGCUACCCUCGAUCGUGGCUGCAGCCUUCUUACGUUGACUUUCAUUCUGCUUAUUGCCACUUGGGAAUGUUGUCGGUCUGUAGUGGGCUCACGGACCUCUGCAACAGAGACUGGAUAAGACGCAUCUGGAUCAAGCAAGAAGUAUGGGCGAAUCGGAACGUAGUCGUCAUGUGUGGCGAUACUCAGUUCACGUGGCAAGCGUUCCAGUACUGCUCGGACGUAAAAUUGUUGUUAGGAAUCAUCUUGGAGGCAAAUGAAGAAGGGUAUGUAUUGCGCUGGCAGACGAGUGGACCACAUGGUGCCAGCAUUUCAGAAAGCCAGCUGCGUGCUCUUCGGGGGCUCCAGAUCGCCAACGGGGAGGGCAUACAAGCUCACACCUGGGACAAAUCAGACGCCCCACACGAGAUUGUCGACCUUCUCAACUCGUCUAGCGAAAGCAAGAGCCUGGAAGAGAGCGACAGGAUCUAUGCAGUCCUUGGGAUGGCCAACAUUCCCACAGAGGCGGCCGCAACACCUGGCCAAAACCAAAACCCUGCUUUUGUGCCGAUUGGUUACAAUCGAGGUUAUCACCAGGUCUGCCAGGAUCUGUCCAGGUACCUGAUGUAUCAUCUGGGCGUGUACGCUGUCUUAAAUACUGAGGGUGCUUUCGGAAGUCGGGAUGGUAUCAAUCUGCCAUCAUGGUGUCCGGACUUCAGACAGCCCAUCGACCCUAUGGUCUCUGGUAGGUCAGAGCCAGGCGACGCCGUCUGGGAAUACUCACAUCCCUCCCGCUUGCAGAAACAUCGAGAGCUGGGUAUCAACUACGACUCCAACACUCUCGCCGUCCGGGGUUAUGUUAUCGCUACCUUGAGUGUAGACCUACAGUCGACCGUGGAGGAGCUUCAUCCCAUCCCAUCUGGCUUCUCUGACUUCGAGGAGAGUCUAAAGUUGAUGGAUUGCGACAUCCUGUCUCAUAUGGCACGGUCAUGGCAUCAAGUCAGGAACCCACAUACUCCAGACCCGGUCUUUCGGGAUUUAAUGGGUGGACUAAGGCAUUACGUACAGGCUCAGGGUGGGUUUGCCGUGCCCGAGGAAGCUCGCAGGGGCGAUUUGAUCGUGAUGGUGUUUUCUUCCAGGCUACCGCUCGUGAUGCGAAGGUCGACUGCCAAUGACAUGUAUUCAUUCGUGGGCUGUGCAUGGCUGAAUCCCUCGGCAGAGCACCAUAUACAGGCUUGGGUCAACUUGGACCGAUUGCUUGAUGAUGAUACCUCAAUUGAUCGCUGGCCUGCCGACGUCUUGCAUCUUGAGUGA